AUGCGAGCUGGACUACUCAAUCGGGGACGGAUUCUUGGUAUUGGGUGCUGGAAUGUGCGAGCGUUCCUGGACCCCGGUACUCAAAGUCUGAUUGCGUGCAGCUUUAAUCCGUACAAAGUGGAUGUCUGCUGUCUGUCCGAAGUUCGACUUCCUGACUUAAACUUUCGGAAAAUAAAGAUUUCUGGAGUCGAAUCGCACUUCACUUUGUACCGCAGCAGCUCACGCGACUCUUCUGGAAGACACGGUGUGGCUAUCGCCCUCUCGCAACAAGCGGACCUCGCUUUACUUGCUUGGGAACCAGUGAAUGACCGGAUGGCCUACGUGCGACUAAAGGGUCACUUCGCGAACAUCUCCAUCGUCUUUGUGUACACGCCAUCUUCAGCUGCCGAACAGCGCGACAAAGAGGCGUUUAACUCGCAGAUGCAAGCUUUGGUUGAACAACUCCCUCGCCGCCAUCUGCUGAUUGUCGCCGGAGAUUGGAAUGGCCGGAAUGGACCUGGCGACUCAAAAAACAGUCAUCUUCUUGGCCCCUUUGGGCUCGGUUCUCAAUGUGAAAAUAGCGAGUGA